AUGUUCAUUGGAAAGGCACCGACAAACCACUCCGAAAUGUUGAAAUCGCUUUCAAUUUCUGACUUUUGGAUUCAAUCUUGUUGGCGUCGAUCGGACCUGUUGCCUCUACUUUCUGCGUAUUGUCAUAAUCUUCUUGAAUUAGAGUGGCCGGAAGUGAAUUGGAAAUGGGGAAUUUGGAGAGAAGGAAUGGAAGUUUCUUGGCUAACCAAUGGGAUGGACAAUCCCACGACAUGGGAAAAUCAGCAGAUCGAUUAUGAGGGGUUGAAAGAAUGGACAAUCCCAGGACAUGGGAAAAUCAGAUCAGAAGCAGAAGCAGAAACUGAUGGAUAUUGA